CCUCCUGCUCCUCCUCCUCAGUCCUCCUCCACCAGACGCGUUGACGGUUGUGUUGUGCCUCGUCGCCGUGUGCGGGCCUGGACCAGGCUGGUGCCUACCUCCAUCCGGUCAUCGACUUUUCAGAGACCAUCGCCGCCCGCUCGUCAAACGCAGUAGAUCGUAGUCAUUUCCACGUCUUAGUCGCGUAGUCUUGCGCAACGAGCCUAGCACUGGUUACACACGCUGCCCCAGUUCGCGUCUCUGAACCGUGCGAGCUCCUGUCACAACUCCGACGACCACAUCCACCGCGCGCAGCAUGCCACUGCUGGGUCUGCCACCCGAGCUCCUGGAACGGGUCUUGGACAUCCUCUACGAUGACCCUCCCUCCCUCAGUGCAUGCAGUCUGACCUGUUGGGCGUUGCUCCUGGUGGCACGUCUACGUCUCUUUCGGACAGUCAAGCUCGGGACCACGCGACAGUGCUUACGCUUCCUCAGCUCACUCGAGACAAGUUCGGAGAUCAAUGGUGGCAUGAGCAACGGUGCCUUUGUCCGGGUGCUGAUCCUACCGGCCAAGAUGGGUCUUGAGCGGAGGAACAGGCGAGCGGCGCUACGCAUGGACCUGGUGAAGCAAAUCUUGCGGCGCGUCCCCAAUGUCGAGACCCUGGACAUGUGCCGGUUCGAAUGGUAUAAACUCAGCGGACUUGCCUGUCCGAAUGGCAUCGACGUUGAUCCGCGUGACGCCGUCAAGACCAUUUUCGCCUUUCCCCGGCUGAAGGCGUUGUUACUACGCGAGAUUGUUCCUCAUUCCAUGACUUGGAUGGUCACCGGGAGCACCACACCGUGAUUUCGAUCAUGCCCCGAUAGACGUCGCAUUUGACCGACAAACUCAUGUAACAAUUCGGGAGCUGACGAUAGACGGAUGGUUAGGCCCCCGGAACGCAUUGAUCACCACAACGCGGGCGUUAUUGAGACCACCCUACGAGCUGGAGCUUCGGCGGCUGAAGUGGCGAACGGGUCUCGCGUUCAAUCGGGCAUACGGAGUCGGUGAUCAGGAAGUGCUGGGCGACCUG